CAAAUACUCCAUAUUUGGCAGACGAGUUCGUAAGCGUCAUCCUUCUAGGACAGUAGGAGCCCGGCAAAGAAUUUCAUCUCCAAAUCUUUACGCUGACCCUACGAUCUGCGCAUUUCAUCGCUCUAACGGCCCUGAUUCUCUGUUCCUGAUCUCUGGUUUUGGGAUCUUGUCAGAUGCGGUCAUCCCCUGAAAAGUUUUCCCCUAGGGUCAAAAAGGAAGAAAAUGAUACUCUUCAGGGACCCAUAGACGUCUCUUCUUCUCCAUCCUCUUCUUCAGAGGAUGGGUCUCUUGAGACAGAGGAUGAAGAUGGCCAAUCUAAUGAGAAUGCCUCUAAGCAGUUGGUGCUUUAUGACCCUUCAGCUAAUGGUACAGGUGCAAUUGAACCUGUUCCCGACCCUAUUCAGUCCCACCCUCUACCAUUCCGAAGAUGCUUGGCUCAAAAUUCAUCUUCCAGAGUUUUGCCAUCUGUUGGGGCUUUCACUGUCCAGUGUGCCAAAUGUUUUAAAUGGAGGCUCAUCCCAACAAAAGAAAAAUAUGAAGAAAUACGUGAACAUAUUCUGGAACGGCCUUUUUACUGUGAAACAGCUCGUGAGUGGCGGCCUGAUAUAUCAUGUGAUGAUCCGGCGGACAUUUCUCAAGAUGGCAGCAGGCUCUGGGCAAUUGAUAAGCCUAAUAUUGCGCAGCCUCCUCCUGGGUGGCAACGGCUUCUACGGAUUAGAGGUGAAGGAAGCACCAAGUUUGCGGACAUAUAUUAUGAAGCACCAUCAGGCAAGAGACUACGCUCAAUUGUGGAGAUCCAAAAGUACUUGCUGGAACAUCCAGAGUAUACGAGAGAUGGGGUAACUCUCUCACAAUUUUCAUUUCAAAUUCCAAAGCCUUUGCAGAAAAAUUACGUGAGAAAGCGUACUCCUCUUCUGACAGCUUCACAUAACACUAGACCUCUUGAACCUGGUGAAGCAGCGAGUCCCCUGGCAUGGGCAGGUCCAGAUGACUGUCCAGACUUGCAGCUUAAUAGGCCAGGGCUGCUUCCUUGCCUUGAGGCCCCUGUUUUUGAUCAUGUUGAUCGACCUGCAAAGAAGCAAGCUACAGCUGCCACAAAGGAGAUGUACAGUAGUAAGCCAAACCAUAAUUAGUGACAAUUCAUGUUGUAUCUCAUCUUAGUUUGCUCCACAUUACUGGAUUCUGUUUCCAGAGAAAAAAAUGGGGAAUUUUGGUGUGAAAGAUGAAAUAGAACAGUUCAGGUUGGGGUUUAAGGUAUUGUAAGCUUGGUUUCUGGGACUGUGUGAAGAACCCAUAUAAGAGAAAAUAUAUGGUUUUUUGACACUAUGUACUGUAUCCAAGAUCAACUGAUUUUACACUUAUGUACAUGCAUGACUUCCUAAUUCAAGUGUGUGCAUUUGCACGUCUGCUGA